UAUAAGAAUUCUCAUAAAUAAAAUAAAAAACGAAAAGAAAGAAAGGAAUUUUCUUGGGAUGAAUAAGCAUUUCAUAGCACAUGAAACCAAAAUGAAAAAUCUUCACCAGAAAAUGGACGUAUAAAUGAACUUUAAAAUGUGGACAGUUAUAGUGUGGAUGGUAUUUGUGCUAUUGCCAAUUAUAUGUCAUGGCAUCAAAAAUGAUAUUCCCUCUGGUAGCUGGCAAGCUUGGACAGAAUGCAAAGACCCAUCAAUUUGCAGAGCUUGCAAUGAAAUAUCAAGAAUAUACAAAAUGUGCAUGGCCAAGGAAUCAUUAUGUUCAAGAAAUGGGAUGACACAAAACCAAUCCUUAAUAGAUGUGAAAAAUGGAUCCUCAAUAAACCCAUUAUUACCAUUCUCUUGUAACAAAAACAAAGACAAGUGGAAUGUGCUCCAAAGAAUCAAUGUGUCCUUGACGAAACUGCAGAACCUAAACAUUUCAGUUGAUGUUCGUUUUUCUGUUAAACUUCUCACCAGCAUAAUGGGUCAGGCAGCUGUGAUGACAGACAAAAAUGAGCAGAGUUUUCUAAAUACUUCUCUCUAUAGAUUAAAAAUGUUUUUUCAAAAUUUUGACAGUUGCAAGUCACAACCUGCUAAUAAACCUCAUUGUAUGGUGUUAUUGGAGUUGAUAAAACUUUUCUCUGGGGAAUUAAAUUACACAUGUAAUAAAUUGCCACCCCAGUUUCACUGUCAACCAGGAGAGAAAUAUUGUUUUCCCUUAAAACAGUGCAUUGGUAUGAAUCAAACCUGUCAAUUUAAUUUUGAAAGAUUUAAAGAUAAUGAUGAACAACAAGUUAAGAAUAGGUGCUUGGAGUUGUCAUCAUUUUGUGGAAGCUUUCAUGCUAACAUUACAAUCUUCGAUAAGCUGUGUCCUGAUCUAAAAUUGCCUUUGCAGAAGAAAACAGACUGUUUCAAGCCUAUUAAUAACAAAGUGUGCCACAAGUUUGCAAAUAUGCGUGAUGCAUGUUUCUUGUCAAAAAAUGUAUGCUCACUCAACUCACCAGCAGAUAUUAUUCCUCAAUUGAGCUGUUGUGAGAAGUCUGAUGGCAUUGAUCCAUUGAUGUUUAUUUGUGGUCAAAAUAUGUUCAAUAAAUCAGGAGACACUUUUAAUAUUCCAAGUAAAUACAAGUGCCCUGGUGGCCAGUCAUUCUGUUUUGCAACUGGUGGUUGUUUGAUGGAUGAUACUAAAUGUUCCCUAAAUAAAUUGAGUGACAUAGAAGCUCGCAACAAAAGCUAUCUCUGGAAAAUAGCUUGUAAUGUGUUACCUAAUUUUUGUAGAACAAGGUACAAUGUUUACAAAGAAGAUCUGAUGCAUUUAUGCAGUGCAAAGCCAAUUAUUGUGGGUAAUUUAACUGUUCUCCUUCGACAUGGGAAAACCAUUAUGGAAAACAUUCUGUUGGAGCUUUUUAAUAUGAAGAUGUUAGAGAAAGGUGUCUUGAUCAAAGAAAUAAAGAGAUUUCGUAGAAACACAAUGCGCAUGUCCUGUGAUGUAAUCUCUAAUGAUGAUAAAGAUUAUGUUUACGUUCGUCCAAACUGUGUGUUACGACCUGCCACAAAUGAACCAUGUUAUUAUUACAUAUGGGAUGGUUUAGUAACAUUAGCAAAUGGUCAAAUAUAUGAAGUGAAAUUCAUUCAGUUUAAUUCCCAAUUUCCAUCACCUUCUCAGCAAGAAAUGUAUACGUUAGAAGUACCUGAGUGGGUAAGAUCCACCAGGAAGUAUGCUGACAAGUUUGUUGAAAUCAAACAUCUUAAUUUCACAUCAGCACCUACAACAGAUAAAUGCUUCACUGUACCAGAUCAACUACUCCAGUUAGUGAAAGAUCAACUGUUAUAUGUUGCCUGCCAAAGGCCAGUUCUUGCUAUUUCCAGAUGCAAGGCUCCAUCAAGAAGCACGUUUAUGAUUAAAAGUAAAUAUGGCUGGAUCAGGAAAAUUCGCUGCAGUCAUAUAAAAAGACCCAUUCCAAUAAGUGCUGAUUCAGCUGUGGCAUACCGGCCACCAUAUAACUCAGAACAGCAUGGAAACUUGUCAUUCUCAUUUAUAUGCCAGCCCCCAACUACUCAAUCAAGAAGAACAAACAGUAUUUUCACAACCAGAAUUAAUGAUCAGGACCACAUAUCCCUAUCAUACACCAAUUUAAUGUUCUCUGUCACACCCACAAAUACCCCGCCAGUGAUUUUUGAUAAAGUUGUGUUUGGUCCACCCGUUUCUUACAAUAUUUCAGUCAAUGAAGGAUUCCGUGUAUCUGCUAUUAUGGAUGUUCAACCAAGGCUAUAUGGACCAGGUUAUUUUCCUGGUGUUAUAACAGCGACAAUAUUUCAACCAUUUAUAAGAGACCCAGAUGGUCCCAUUGAAAAUGGUGGUAUACUUGUCUUGGAUGCAAAACACAAUAAAAAAGUUGGAAUGUUUGAGUUUAAGUGCAAAACACAUACAGAUUGGCAAACAAUGGAAGAAUUGCGCAAAAAUAAAAGGCUUCUUUUAACAAAGGACUGCUUUUUAAGAUUCAAUCUAUCUGACAAUGUUAAUAAAAAAAAUAAUUACCACACCGCGUACCUUGAGAUACUGGCUUGGGAUGGAAGUAACGCAAUGACUUCAGGUUUUCAUGACAAUGUUGAUGUGAAAUCCGAUGCAUACAGUGUUAAGAAGGCAAAGUUGUAUGUAAUGCAAUUUGGUUGUGAUGAAAUUGCAGGAUCUCGAAAGAGAAUCAAUGAUUGCAAAGAAUGUUCUUUGAAAUCUUGUACAAAGAAAUGUGAUGGGGAAUUUUAUUCAAAUGCCAGACUAGAUAGCUGCGGUAUUUGUUACGGAGGCAGUACUGGUGUGAAAAAAAACAGCCGUAGAUAUCGUAUGAAAAAUGGACGGUUAGGGUGCUGUAUGCAAGAGCUGGAAUGUCGACAAUGUCCAGACCAGGGACCUGUAAAAAAAGAUUGCAAUAACCAGUGUUGGACAAAGAGACCUGCAUAUAAGAAAUGUGGUGUAUGUAUUGGAGGCAAUACCGGAUUUGGUGAAAAACAUGUCCUUAAUUCGUGUGGUAAAUGUAAAAGCAAAGAAACAGAUUCUGAAUCAUGCAAUGCUGGAUACAUUUCAUCUGUUCAACCAAAAACAAUGUCUGUAUCAUCAUCUGUGAAACAAUUCCAAAUUUGUUUAUCUAUGAUAUACAACAACCUGACAUGUCAACUGCAAAGCACAAGCGCUGUUUGUAAACUUGAAAGUUAUGAUAAAAAAAAAAUCGAAAGACCUCACCGACAAUGCUACUCUGUUUUGUUUCAACGUCACAGAAGAAAAUGCAUUUCACGAUAUCUUUACAACUCUUGCAAUCCAGGCUUGUACAACCUAACCUGUUCAUAUUCAGGUGGUGUAGUGCGUUAUACUGAACCGAUUCGAGUUAAAAAUGGCAGUCAUAUUGUUGUAACUAUGUUGUCAUCGACCACUUUGUAUCCAGGGAGGAGAAGUUGGCUUACCAUGCAGGGUGUAUUCUCAUCGGCUGGAAAGUACUUUUGUCAAUUUAACACUGCUGGUGGAAAACGAAUGGCCAUUGCGAGACAUAAUACAACCCACUUGCGAUGUUACUUCUAUCCACGUCAAGUCGAAACAGGAAUCAUGCUGGUCGUGAAAGAUUGUAAUAACCAGAUGUCUAAUGCAAUAUCAGUAAAUGUUAUUUGCGAGACACAAACUAUAACCAAAAAGAGGUUCAUAUGGAGGGACAAUUCAAUAAGGAUUCAUUUUGAUGCUGCUGUAAAAAUAUACAAGAGUAGUGGUUGUGAAAAUAUGGCUGUACUAAGAAGGAAUGUUAUAAGAGUUCGUUUAAACGAGCAACAAGCCAAUGAAGGGAGUUAUUGUUUGAUGAACAAAUGUUUUGGUUGCCCUGGUGUCUCUUUCCAAGAUAAGGAAGGCUGCAUUGACAUUAAAUUACCAGAGUUAACAUGUUCUGUCAAUGGUCCAGAUUUUAUAAAUAGUUGUGGUCGCUUACGUCUUUCACCAGUCAUGAGAAGCUUAAAACACACCAAUUGGACAGUAACAACUGAUGAUACCAACACAAGCAGUUUAUCUGUGAAACGAUUCAAUGAAGAAUUAGCUGCCAAUGCAAAUGGUGGAUUCAAGUUGGGUAGUCACUUAUUGCCUGAGGAUGGAGGGAUGUACAAAUUCCAGAUGUGCGGCACGUCUAAAUACAACAGAAAAUGUUGCGCUUAUAAAAAUGUAACAAUUGCUUCGGCUAAAACAUUACAAUGUGGCAUAGGAGGCAUGUAUCAGUCGAAAAGAUUCAUCGUAAUAAAACCACGAAUUAAAAGCUGCAAUUCAUUGAGGUCUAUGCUGUAUGAAUGGAUUGUAAAAGGUGAUGGCCAUGACAUAUAUCAAAUAUCAAAUGAGCGAGUUCUUCGAAUUGCUAAGCGUUCUGAACUUUUCAAAUAUGAUAACAUCACUGUACAGCUUCGUGGUACAAUACAACUAAGAGAUAAUAUGACAUGCAUGAGUGCGAUCAAGACAAUAACGCUUAAUAAGAAUUUCAAGUUGAAAUUAGCUGGAGGUCGCAAAACAGUAUAUGCAACAUGCGAGGAUCAAAAAGUCCGAAUAUUCUCCAAAGUAAUUCCUCAGACAUUAGAAGGCGACGAAAUCUUAUGGACCUGUAAUCCAAUACUUGAUGGUGUAACUUCCGCACAAAGUUGUAUUGAUAACUCCACCGGUGCUGAUUUAGUGAUUGAAAACAAAAGGAAAAUUACACUUAAUGCAAAGGAGCAACUAAUCUGUGGGGGAGAGUACAAUUUCUCACUUGUGUAUACUAGAGGCGACAUCACUUUAUACAAAUCUGUCAAACUCAUAGUUGCUGACUUUAGUUGUCCAGUGGUUUAUUGUCGUGUGAGAGAGAAUCAAAAAAUGUUCAGCAUCUCUUGCGUUGUAAAACAAGCUGCAAAACAAAAUGUUACCUUCACAAAUUUUGAAGAUGGAGAAGAUUAUGGUGUGGUUGACUUUAACGAAGUUAAAAAGUCUGUUUACAUUAAUCAACUGAGACCAAAGAGAGUUGGUAACGAUCUUGUCAGCAUGGUGAGAAUUACCGCCAUUAUACGUAAAGAAUUUCUAGCUCCGAACACAACAUAUCGCUUUGAUAUUGCAGCAUGGAACGAAGAUUGUGUAGCCGAUAUUAAAUCUAUUGAAAUUAUUUAUCAUUUGGCAUCUGCAAAUUGUAACGUGAGCAUUGAGCCUACUGAGGGUAUUGCAUUUAAUACAACGUUCAAUGUAUUCAUUGAUGGCUGUGAUGAUGAAGCAAAACUUGAAUUCCAAGCAGGGCCCAAAAUUAAUGGUCGAAUAAGAGCACAGCCAUUUGAUAGUUCGAAUGUCAUAACACUGAAUCAGCUGCCGAGAGGAGAUCCAGACAAAGGUAAUAUGCUGGAGGUGGUUGCUAGAGUCCGCAAUCUGAAUGGAAAGGUAUCUUCAUUCUCAACAAUGGUUGUGGUCCUACCACCUCUUGACGACGAUGAAAAAAUAUUGAAAGAAAGUAACGCAGACAUUCAAAACAAAAUUGAAGAAGGAGAUUUCAUAUCAGCUGCAAGUCAAAUCGCACAGGUGAAUUCUGGAGUGGUAAAACAACAGAUGGAAAAAAAUGCAAAACAAAUUAAGAACAGUGAGAAUUACACUGAUUGUGAAACACUUUCCACUGAAGCACAAAUACAACAGGAUGAAACAGCUGAAAUGGUAAAGGCGAUGCAUAACCAACCAGAUGUUCAGAGCGAAGAGACGGAGAACGCAGUGGCAUCACUCACUGAGAAAGUUUGUCCACAAGAUGUCAAUUCAAAAGUAAUUAAGCAGAUGACGAAUAUGGCGUUGGAAAAAAUCACUCGAGCACAAACUAAAAAGAAGAGCGAUCCUUUACCAAGUAGCAGAAGAAAGCGAAGAGCAAUUGAAGAAGAUAUAGAAGCGGAAGAACAUCAGCCUAUGGAAACAUCAUCGAUUGAUCUCGUUGUGACGUCAUACAGUAACAACUUGUUUCCCAUUCUCUACAAUGAAGAAGAAGAAGACGAGAUUGGUCGAAAACGUUUCGUCGAAGCUCUCCCGUACUUGAAGCAAUCGCUGUCUUCCAAUCUGGACGGAUUACAGAAUUUGACGAUAACCUCAGACAACAUCGUUUUAUACACUGAGAUGAUCAACACGAUCGUACCCAACAUGAACAUUCAUAUGCCCAUGAAGGAGCGAAUAAUGUUCACGGAUACUAUGAAAAGUAAUUUCUAUCCCUGGCAAUGUACGGAAGAUGGGGAAUAUUGUAAUGGUUUUACUAUUGCCGCAUCAACUAUAAAGGGAGAUAUAUUCAGUGAGUCACCAACAUCCAAACGUUUGGUUUCAAAUGUUUUUGGACUUUACUUGAUAAAUCCCCAUCCUGAUGAGUCAGCAUCUUUUAUUGACGUUCCCAUGGUGAAUAAAAGCUUAAGAAUCACGAUACCAUUGACUGCAAGAAAUCUGACUGGAGACGUUAAGUGUCAUUGGUGGAAUUCGUCAGCCUGGUCUUCUGAGGGUUGUUCCACCAUCCAGGUGAGUGAGCUCGAAGCAGUAUGCAAAUGCUUAAGCCUUGGUCAUAUUGCUGUUUUCGAAUCUACGAACGAUGAGUUUUACAAGUUUUUGGAAACCUUGGAGAAGAGUGAAAAUAUUGGGACAUCCUCUACAAUGGAACCUUCAACAGCUUUCUCACCCUCACCCAUCCCGGGAUAUGCAAGUUCUACAGUUUCAAAAGACACAAGCUCUAAAUUGACCAUGGAAUCAACUAAUUCCGAAAUGACAGAGUCUGGAAAAUCGACAGCAACAACGAAAAUGGCAAUGAAAACAACAACAACAACAAUAACAACAACAACAACAAUAACUAUCUCGAAACAAUGCCAGUACUCUUUUGAUGCCAAUUUUUUCCUCGUCAUCACCAAGUACGGUGGCCUCGAAGACGCUCGAAAUACAAUAUGUUCAAAAACGCGCAAACUCCUUCAGCUGUCCGUGGCCGAAUUUACAGAUUGUCACAUAAAGAAUGGCAGCAUUAUUGUAGUAUUUAUGCUAACCCAAGAUUCGGCAUCAAUAAAUGGUACAUUGCAGCUCCUCGCCAAGCUGGUCUUCAAUAACGAAAUCGCAGUAACAACACCUGACGGGAAGAGACUUAAUACCACUGCAACAUCUUUUAAAGUUGAUGGGAAGAAGUACGAGGGCGUGGUCGCGAAAAAGACGGAGUCAAAACACAGCGAGGAAUCUUUUAUGGCUAUUGUUAUUGUUGUUGUUGCCAUUUUGACUUGUGGUAUCUUCAUAUUGGCUGUUGCAUUUGCUUAUAAAAAGAAGAAACAGCGCAAGGUGGAACCAAUUGUAUCAGGACGCAGCGAGCCCACCGAUUUGGCGGUCUUUGCUAAGGAGGAGACGAUAUUAAAAAAGAGCCGAUUGAAGAAGGUAUUGUGAAUCCGACCUACGAGACGAACGAAACAUUUUAAAUUGAACUUUCUCUGAAAUAUUUUUACUGACGCAGUGAAUCCAACCUCGUUUGCAGUGCUCUAUCGGGUCUAUUUAGUCAGGGCAGCGAUAUAAAGCAAAAAAGAGUCAAGUGAACGAGGUUGAGAUAAAUUUUCUGUGCAUUCUGAGCUUUAAUACUCUGUUUAAUAAAGAUUUACGGAAAUAAGAAUUGCACUUUUUUUUACGUCUGCUCGCUCCAACCAACUCAAUUUUGAAUCAUUUCUUUCUCGCAACUAAUUUUCAUAUUUUAACUGUACAUCUGGACACGUUUGAAUAACAUACUUUAAACAAGUCUCUCAAGCGUCCUUAAUUUCAAUUUUUUUGCCUCGUCUAAAAGCUUUUUGUCUCUCCACAGCGGUACCUGAAUACACAAUUGUGACAAAAAAGUUUUGUCUCGCCAUCAGAAAAAUAGGCAACGGCUCCUGGAAUCGAGGGUAGUCAAAUUUUUCUUAAGUUGUAUUCGCACCGUCCACUAUUUACAUCUUUUAAAUGAAACUCGCUUGAUUUAUUUCUAAUUUCUUGUUGAUUUUUUAAUGUUAUAUUAAGUAUUUAAUUUAUUUUAAUUUAUUCGACAUAUACAGUACAACAUAAUGUAAUUUAUUCCAUAUUUCAACAGUUUUCCAGUUUUGAUUACAUCACAAAAAAAUGGCUACCAUAGCCAUAUCAAAGAUCACUUGAAGCAUUGAUCCUUUAAAAUCAACACUUUUUCUGUCGUUUUAUUCAUGAAAGCGUUUUCCUUGGGAUUAUAAUUUCGCUAUAAUUCCGUAACAAACAAUUUUCCUCUGAAGGACCCCUGAAUUAUGAAACAUUAAUUUAUUUAAAAAGUAUAUAAUAUUUCUAAAGUUUAAUAUAUAUUUACGUUAAAAUUCACGAUGUAGCAACUUUGUACCCGUACUUCCAAAUUGAGGCUUAGUUCUUCAAAACGUCAGUUGUUUAUAGUUUUCGAUGCAGAACGCAUUGUGUAACAAUAAUACCUUUUUUCCAAAAGUUUUUGAAAUAUAAUUCUUCUAAAGUGUCACAUACGUUUUCUUAACGGAUUAGCGGUCUUCUUUGUAAAUAUUACGUGGGUACAUUUUAUAACGUUACACUUAAUUUUGUAUAUAUUAUAAAGUCAUCCUCUUCCCUAGGGUUUGUUGCCUGAUGUCAGAGCGCCCAUCGCUUACUUGACGACGCCAAUCUCGAUAUCAAAAAGGCAAGAACCCUGGAGACGAGGUUGUAAUAAAGUUAUAAUUUUUAGAUGUAAGCAAAUAAGUAGUAACACA